AUGACUUCUGGAGAUGCGCCCAGUACUGAGGCAAAGGCGGGUCAUACCGUCUCCUCGCCACAACCUCUCAGCCGUGCCCAUGAAGUGGGAUGCCAGAAACUCAUCGUCACCGGGUCUGACCUUCAUUGUUCUUCCAAUGCUUUGAAGCUGACCCACGCAUAUCCCGGUGCUGUCUAUUCCACGGCCGGAAUCCAUCCUUGCAGCAGCCAAAUCUUCAGUGUUAACCACACUGGAACUGAAGAUGGGCUGAACCACUCAUGCGAUCCCGACCCGGCUAAACCCCUUUCCGAAGAUCACGAGCCCUGUCCAACGAAGACGGACGAGAUUAUUUCCCAACUGGGAGAGUUUUUGCAAAAAGCGAGGUCUGAUAGAUCAGCCGACCACACAGGGCUUAUCGCUUUUGGCGAGUUUGGGUUGGAUUAUGACAGACUUCAUUACUGCUCCAAGAAGAUCCAGCUCCACUCUUUCGCAGCUCAGCUGAAGCUUGCCGCCUCACUAAGACCCCAGUUACCGCUAUUCCUGCACUCCCGUGCGGCACAUCAGGACUUCGUGUCACUUCUGAAGGCUACUUUCGGAGAGAAGUUGGAGCGUCUGGAGCGUGGUGCAGUUGUUCACAGUUUCACGGGCACUCCGGAGGAGAUGACGGAGCUGGCGGAUCUUGGGCUCUACAUAGGGGUCAAUGGAUGCAGCCUCAAAACUGCCGCGAACUGUGAAGUAGUGAGGGCAAUCCCGCUAGAUCGCAUCAUGCUUGAGACCGAUGGGCCGUGGUGUGAAGUGCGGCCAAGCCACGAAGGGUGGAAAUACCUCAAGGCUAGUCCUCAACAUCAAGGAGGCAGCACUGGGCCUCCGUCUAACACGAUGGUAAUGGAGCGAUACAAGACUGUCAAGAAGGAGAGAUGGCAGCGGGGCUCAAUGGUCAAGGGGCGUAAUGAACCUUGCACGAUAGAGAAAGUGGCCAAUAUUGUUGCCGCGAUUAAGGGCGUCGACGUCAGUGUGGUAUCUGAGGCUGCGUGGGCGAACACUGUCGCAGUUUUUGGUCUUUAA